CAUCCAGAACCCAAACUCGGCCGUCUCUGCAGGAUCGACAUGCGCCUGCUGCUCAGGUUCCUCAUUCGAUGACUACUCUCUCGUCAGCUGCUUCUGUAGCGCCAGAGCCAAGCUCAAAGUCCCUCCGCAUAGUCUCAGGCUUCGUCUCGGGCUUCGCGUCCUCGAUCCUGCUGCAGCCUUUGGAUCUGCUAAAGACUCGGGUCCAGCAAGCUCCCAACUCUUCUCUCCGACAGACGUUACGAGAGAUUACAAGUCUACAACAACCGUCCUCGAGUCCGCUUAACUUAGCUCUGAUACCAAAACUAUGGCGGGGAACCGUGCCUUCUGUCCUGCGCACCUCAGUCGGAUCAGGUCUCUACUUUUCAGCUCUGCACUCGAUCCGCGCAGCAAUCCAUGACAACACCGCCAAAACCUCGAAAACCUCGCCAAACAACACUGCAAUGCGCUCCUCAGUCUUACCGGAACUCCAUGGCUACGCAAACCUCUUCUCUGGUUCGUUCACCCGAGGCGCAGUCGGCUUCAUCAUGAUGCCAAUCACAGUCCUCAAAGUUCGAUACGAAUCAACGCGCUAUGCACGUGCCUCACUACUCGACACCGUCAAAUCUGUUUACAAAGAAAACGGAAUUCGUGGAUUUUUCUACGGUUUUGGUGCAACCUUCGUCAGAGACGUGCCAUACGCUGGUCUCUAUGUAUCUAUCUAUGAACACGCAAAGGCUGUCGCCCCUCUUGUCAUCGCGGGGUCGCCUAUUGCACACAACAUCACAAGCUCAUCAACCUCGAAUGUAAUGUCCUCUCCCGUCUCCGCCAGCGUCAACGGCAUCUGCGCAGCACUCGCCGCCACGCUCGCCACAACCGUCACAAAUCCAUUUGACGCGGUGAAGACGCGCAUGCAGCUGUUUCCGGACAGGUACGGCACGAAAAUGUGGACUGCGUUUGCGAGAAUGGCGAGGGAAGAGUCUGGGAUUCGGGGAUUGUUCGACGGGCUGUCGUUGAGGAUCGUGCGGAAGGGCUUUAGUUCUGCUAUCGCUUGGAGUUUGUAUGAGGAGAUGGUUCGUCGGAGUUAGUCAUUGUGUAUUCUAUUGUAUAUCAGAUCUGCUGAUUUCCUUUGUAAAUAUCUACA